AUGGCAUCAACAGCAACAAUUCGCCGCUUCCGACCAGCGACCGUCGCGGCAGCCGUCGCAGCGGGAGGCAUUGGGUUGGGCUUGAUGUCGAAGCUUCUCGUUGGAAAUGCGUCCGCGGAAUCGGGUGCGCCCCCAAAGGUCUUCGGUGCGGGGCCUGCAUUCGUGUCAUUGCCGCUGGAGAGUUCAGAAGAGGUGAACCACAACACGAAGCGCCUGCGGUUCAAGUUGCCGCAGAGGGAGGCUGUCAGCGGACUCUCGUUAACAUCGGCUGUUCUCACAAUGUCAUGGCCUGAAGGUCGAUGGCUCCCCGUCGCAAGACCGUACACGCCCAUUCAGCCACUAGACAAGACAGCCGUCACACUUGUUUUCGGCGUCAACUCGGACCAGGACGUAUUGCUCAAGAAGGAGUUCGAACAGUUGGAGAAGGAGUUUCCAGAGAGAUUUAAGGCUGUUUACACCGUCAGCAAUCCCCUGCCAAACUCACCUUUCAGGAAGGGCUAUGUGACGAAAGAGCUGCUGCAGGAGGUCGGGGCAGUCCCGAAGAAGGGUAAUGAUACCAAGGUGUUUGUGUGCGGCCCGCCGGCGAUGGAAGCGGCUCUGGUCGGAAAAAGAAGCGCGCCGGGUGUGUUGCAACAGCUUGGGUACCGUAAGGACCAGAUUCAUCAAUUUUAA